AAGGCCGGGGCGCCCGGGGUAAUUGUGACCAUGGCUGCUGAAUCUGAUGUUCUGCACUUCCAGUUUGAACAGCAAGGCAACGUUGUCUUGCAGAAAAUGAAUCUCUUAAGACAACAGAAUUUGUUUUGUGAUGUGUCGAUUUAUAUUAAUGACACUGAGUUCCAGGGUCACAAGGUGAUUUUAGCUGCUUGCUCAACUUUCAUGAGAGAUCAGUUCUUACUAACACAGUCCAAACACAUCAGAAUCACCAUCUUACAGAGUGCAGAAGUUGGCAGAAAAUUGCUGCUGUCUUGCUAUACUGGAGCACUUGAAGUUAAGCGGAAAGAGCUUUUGAAAUACUUGACUGCUGCUAGUUACCUUCAAAUGGUUCACAUUGUGGAAAAAUGUACAGAAGCUUUGUCAAAGUACUUGGAAAUUGAUCUUUCUAUGCAAAACAACAAUCAGCAUGCAGACCUAUGUCAGUCGUCUGAUCUAGAUGUGAAGAAUGAAGAAGAAAAUUCAGAUAAAGACUGUGAGAUCAUUGAAGUCUCAGAAGAUAGUCCCGAAAACAUGGAUUUCCAUAUUAAAGAAGAGGAAAGCAACGCUUUACAAUCUACCAUAGAAAGCUUGACAUCAGAAAGAAAGGAAAUGAAGUCACCAGACUUGUCAUCAAUUGAUAUAGGUUUUAAAGACAAUGAAAUCUGUAUCCUCCACGUGGAAUCCAUCAGUACACCUGGGGUAGAGAGUGAGCCGUUUUCUCAACCUUGUACUUCUUCCAAAGCAAGCAUGUAUUUUUCAGAAACACAGCAUUCAUUGAUCAAUUCAACAGUUGAGAGUAGAGUGGCAGAAGUUCCUGGGACACAUGACCAGGGAUUAUUUUGUGAGAAUACUGAAGUAAGUCAUGGGGCAAUGAAUGAUGUUCAGAAUCUGGAGGAUGCCUAUUCACUGAGACACCAGUGUCCCAGGUGCCCUCGAGGAUUUCUUCACGUUGAAAACUAUCUGCGUCAUCUUAAGAUGCAUAAAUUGUUCUUAUGCUUACAGUGUGGGAAAACGUUCACGCAGAAGAAAAAUCUCAACCGGCAUAUACGUGGGCACAUGGGUAUACGGCCUUUCCAGUGUACAGUAUGCUUGAAGACGUUUACUGCUAAAAGUACACUACAGGAUCAUUUGAACAUUCACAGUGGAGACCGGCCAUAUAAAUGUCACUGUUGUGACAUGGAUUUCAAGCACAAAUCUGCCCUCAAAAAGCACUUAACCUCUGUCCAUGGAAGAAGCAGUGGGGAGAAACUACCACAGCAUGAUCUCAAAAGUCAAAAUCUAUUGUAGUUAAAUCAUACUUUGCCUUGUAAGCCUUAUCCUUCUGUUAGGCAAAUCUUUUUGUAGAAAUGUAGCAUUUAUAAUCGCUAUUGCCCUCACAU